CAAAAGAAAAAUCAAAAUAUAUCACUUGGACUAUUGAGAUGGAUAAAGUCCUCGGAGCUUGUUUCAUUGAACAAAUGAAUCAAGGAAACAAGCUAGAUGGAAAAUUUGCUAGGAAGUCUACCUCUUGGACGGCUGCUAUACACGCACUUAUGGUAAAUCUGAAUAUCAAAGUUGAUAAAAACAAUAUACAAGCUCGCUUAAAGACUUGGGAGAAACACUAUGAUAUCUUGCAUCCACUAUUAGUAUCAUGCAAUUCUGGCAGCCCAAUCACGUGGGAUUACACAGCGGGUAGACUUAUGGUUCAUGAUGAAAAUGUGGAGAAUGAAAGAUUAAAAGCAAAUUCAAAAAUUGGACCAUAUAGGAGAAGAAUUGUGGUAGAGAAUUGGGAUGAUAUAUGUAUUCUUUUCUCUCAAGAUCGUGCUGACGGGCAAGGUGCAAAAACACAUCUGGAAAACAAUGUUGAGGCUGAGGUUGAGGUUGAUUCAACUACCAUUGGGGAUUCACUUGACAAGUGUGAUGAAGAAGUUGAUGCUAUGAGUGAGUCGUUGGCCUGAAAAAGGCGAAAGGAGACAGCAUCUUCCUCAAGUUCCCUUGGACCGAAGAAGAAGAAGACGGAUUCGAAGAUCAUAUCUGAUUGUAUGCAUCGUAUGUCCACUGAUUUUGGUGACUAUCUGUUGGUGGAGAGAAAGAAGGCUGAGCUUGAUAUAGAAUAGAAAAAACUUGUUGUGGAACAAAAGAAGCUUCUUAUGGUGCAACAGAAAAUGAUGGACCCCCAAGAAAUUUUAGCAGCAUUGAAGACUAUUGAGUUAGAUGAGAUGCAGAUGAUUAAGGCUCUGGAUUUGAUGAUGCACGAUAGCAUAUUAUUCCAUACAUUUGUUGGAAUACCAGUAGAGAUUAAAUACAAGUGGCUAAAAGUGCAACUUGAUAAGUGAGGUUGGUUAGGAUUGCAGAAUCAUCAAAACUUAUAUAUGGUGCAGAUUAUGGAUGGGGGAUGACAGUUAAGUAUGAAUGCAUUCAUACAUACUUAUAUGGAGCAGUUAAUAUUUGUAAGGCAAGACAAGGAGGAAUCUAGUUGAGCUUCUCAAUGUCUAAGGCUAAGAUGGGUAGUUUUGAAUUUUGUAGACGUGUUUAACAAACACUCAUGCAUCAAUAGUUAUUUGUAACUUUCUGUUUAUUUUUCAACUAU